UUGUCUAAUUUUUUUUUCAGUUUUCUCCCCUGAUAUCUCUGGCUGGUCAGUGGUCUUCUGGUUAUCGUUGGCUUUUUAUGUGGCAGUGACCAUUGUGCUGAUAUUAAAAUGGCGAAAAAUGAAAGAUAAAAAUGCAAGAUAUAAGACCAAAGUUAACUUCUUCCAUGUCUGGAACCUGCUCAAGGAAACUGAGAUGACACAGCAUCCAGGUUUGACUCUGAAGUUUUCUAAAGUUAUUAAAGAAUUCCCUUCUGAAGAUCUCACCAAGAUUACCGAGCACUACAAGCCCCAGCUGGCCUAUGUGAUGAACCUGGAUAUCAGCAGCGUCCUGCAGAGCCUGGUCACCAAGCAGAUCUUCACAAAUGAGGAGGCACAGAGACUGAAAGCUAAAGAAGAGUUUGAAAGGGCAGCAGGUGUGGAGUCCUUCAUCAGUGAUGUGAUGAAGAAGGACAGAGCAGUCCUGGUCGGCCUGUGGGAGGUGCUGGCUGAAGAGUUUGUGAGAUUUCCAUCACCAAACCUGAGAAGAAUCCUGGAAGAGGUGACCGAUGGGGGACCAGACUUCCUGAAGGAGAUGCAGGUCAGUGUCCAGUCACCUUCUGUUGGUCCUCACAUCAAAGACCUCCAUGAGAUGCACAGAGCCACUGUGUCUGAAUCUACAAUAGCUCUGAAGGAUCAUGCGUCUUCUGCCGUUCCUUACAGCACAGCUGGGUACACUGAGUUGAUGGUCAUUAAACAGAACACAAGGACACUUAAUGACACUGAACAUGAACUUGUGAAGACUGGGAGGACUCAUGAAGAACUCAAGAAUAAGGAAACAAAAAAGAAAUAUGAGAGAAUCUGGACUGAGCAGAUUUUCAAAAGAAGACCUGGAAGUGAGACUUCCCCCCACAUUGUACUGGUCAGUGGAGUGGCUGGAAUUGGGAAGACCACCAUGAUCCAGAAGAUCAUGUUUGAUUGGAGUGGAGGCACUCAGUACCAGAGGUUUGCAUUUGUGUUCCUGUUUAAAUUCAGAGAGCUUAACCUCCUAGACAAUGAGAUUGAGCCACAUAUGUCACUGACCAGGCUAAUUGAAAGGCACUAUAGACACCUGAGUGACUCAAGACUAACAGAAAUCCUGCAGAAACCUGAAUCUCUUCUUCUUAUAUUUGAUGGACUGGAUGAGUACAAACACAAACUGAACUUCACAGACAGUCAGCUCUGCUCAAACCCAGACGUUGAGGUGCCUGUCCACAUCCUGGUCACCAGUCUGGUCAGUCGGACAUUACUGAAGGGCUGCUCAGUCCUGAUAACAAGCAGACCAACAGCCCUGAAAGCCAUUGACAUGGAAAGAGUCGAUCGGUUUGUAGAGAUCUUAGGGUUUCUCCCUGAACAAAGGCUGACAUACUUUAAGAAUUUCUUCAGUGACGCUGCUCUGGGUGUCAAGGCUUUUCAGUUUGUGGAGGAGAUCGGCAUCCUGUACUCCAUGUGCUUCAACCCCUCAUACUGCUGGAUGAUCUGCUCUGUGUUGAAGAGCCACUUCAUGACCUCUGGAAAAAAGCAAGGAGCUGCCUCAAGAACUGUCACUGAGAUCUUUGUGAUGUUCCUUCACAACAUCCUGACCAAUUACAGAAAAGAAGCCAAGUACCAGAGAAAGAUUCUGGUCAGACUGGGAAAAAUGGCCUAUAAUGGGAUAGACAAAAAUAUUUUUGUGUUUUAUAAGAAUUUUGAGAUGUCCACUUUCGGUCUUCAGCCAGUCGUGUCCUCUUCAUUCCUCUCUGGGUUUCUGAACAGUCAAAGCACUCCAGAUCACUCUAUGUACACCUUCUAUCAGGUCACCCUGCAGGAGUUCAUGGCUGCCUGCUCCUUCUACUUUGAUCCAUCAGGAGAUGUGGAGGAGCUGCUGAAAAACCUCAACUUAUGUAAAGAUGGCCGAUUUGAGAUUUUCACUCGAUUCCUGGCAGGACUGGCUUGGUGUCCUGUGUUUAAAACAGUGGAGGGAAUUCUGGGGGAGUUUGAGGGGAAAACCACACAGCGGAUACAGGAGUGGGUGAGGCAGAAAGCUAAACAGGCGCUACGAGGGGGAGAUAAAAGUGAAGCUCUGCGAGUUUGUUACUGGCUCUGUGAGACUCAGAAUAAGGAGUUAAUUAGAGACGCCAUUGGGAAGGAUUUAAAGAUGAAUUUUAGACGGAUGACUUUAUCUUCUGUGGACUGUGCUGUGUUGGCUUCUGUCAUCAGCUGCUGUGGAGAGCUUAAAGAACUUGACCUGUCGCAGACACCUCUGACCCCACAGUGCAUCAGGAGGCUGGCAGGGGGGCUCAGCUGCUGCCAUGUAGUCUGGCUCAAGUCAUGUGGUCUCACCUCGGCCUGCUGCUCAGCUCUCUCCUCAGUCCUCUCGUCUCCAAACUCACAGCUGACUGAACUGGACCUGAACAACAACAACCUCGGAGAUUCAGGGGCUCGUCAGCUGAGUGAGGGGCUCAGGAGUGACAACUGUAAAUUAAAAGGACUGUGGUUGGACUCUUGUGGCCUCACCUCGGCCUGCUGCUCAGCUCUCUCCUCGGUCCUCUCGUCUCCAAACUCACAGCUGACUGAACUGAACCUGAACAUCAACAACCUGGGAGAUUCAGGGGCUCGUCAGCUGAGUGAGGGGCUCAGGAGUGACAACUGUAAAUUAGAGAAACUAAGGUUGGACUCUUGUGGUCUCACCUCGGCCUUCUGCUCAGCUCUCUCCUCGGUCCUCUCGUCUCCAAACUCACAGCUGACUGAACUGAACCUGGACUUCAACAACCUGGGAGAUUCAGGGGCUCGUCAGCUGAGUGAGGGGCUCAGGAGUGACAACUGUAAAUUAGAGAAACUAAGGAUGGCCUCAUGUCGUCUCACCUCGGCCUGCUGCUCAGCUCUCUCCUCGGUCCUCUCAUUUCCAAACUCACAGCUGACUGCACUGGUGAUGAACAACAAGAACCUGGGAGAUUCAGGGGCUCGUCAGCUGAGUGAGGGGCUCAGGAGUGACAACUGUAAAUUACAGAUACUGGUGUUGUACUCUUGUGGUCUCACCUCGGCCUGCUGCUCAGCUCUCUCCUCGGUCCUCUCGUCUCCAAACUCACAGCUGACUGCACUGGGGCUGAACAACAACAACCUGGGAGAUUCAGGGGCUCAUCAGCUGAGUGAGGGGCUCAGGAGUGACAACUGUAAAUUAGUGAUACUGAGGUUGUACUCUUGUGGUCUCACCUCGGCCUGCUGCUCAGCUCUCUCCUCGGUCCUCUCGUCUCCAAACUCACAGCUGACUGCACUGGAGCUGAACAACAACAACCUGGGAGAUUCAGGGGCUCGUCAGCUGAGUGAGGGGCUCAGGAGUGACAACUGUAAAUUAGUGACACUGGGGUUGGAGUCUUGUGGUCUCACCUCGGCCUGCUGCUCAGCUCUCUCCUCGGUCCUCUCGUCUCCAAACUCACAGCUGACUGUACUGGAGCUGAACAUCAACAAGGUGGGAGAUUCAGGGGCUCGUCAGCUGAGUGAGGGGCUCAGGAGUGACAACUGUAAAUUAGUGACACUGAGGUUGGUCUCUUGUGGUCUCACCUCGGCCUGCUGCUCAGCUCUCUCCUCGGUCCUCUCCUCUCCAAACUCACAGCUGACUGAACUGGACCUGUACAACAACAGCCUUGGAGAUUCAGGAGCUCUUCAGCUGAGUGAGGGGCUCAGGAGUGACAACUGUAAAUUAGUGACACUGAGGUUGUGGUCUUGUGGUCUCACCUCGGCCUGCUGCUCAGCUCUCUCCUCGGUCCUCUCAUCUCGAAACUCACGGCUGACAUAUCUGUACCUGGACGACAACAACCUGGGAGAUUCAGGGGCUCGUCAGCUGAGUGAGGGGCUCAGGAGUGACAACUGUAAAUUAGUGAAACUGUGGUUGGACUCUUGUGGUCUCACCUCGGCCUGCUGCUCAGCUCUCUCCUCGGUCCUCUCGUCUCCAAACUCACAGCUGACUGCACUGUGGCUGAACAACAACAAGCUGAGAGAUUCAGGGGCUCGUCAGCUGAGUGGGGGGCUCAGGAGUGACAACUGUAAAUUAACAGAACUGGGGUUGAUCUCAUGUGGUCUCACCUCGGCCUGCUGCUCAGCUCUCUCCUCGGUCCUCUCGUCUCCAAACUCACGGAUGACAUAUCUGGGGCUGAACAACAACAACCUGGGAGAUUCAGGGGCUCGUCAGCUGAGUGAGGGGCUCAGGAGUGACAACUAUAAAUUACACACACUGGGGUUGGUCUCUUGUGGUCUCACCUCGGCCUGCUGCUCAGCUCUCUCCUUGGUCCUCUCGUCUCCAAACUCACGGCUGACAUAUCUGGAGCUGAACAACAACAACAACCUGGGAGAUUCAGGGGCUCGUCAGCUAAGUGAGGGGCUCAGGAGUGACAACUGUAAAUUAGUGACACUGGGGUUGGACUCUUGUGGUCUCACCUCGGCCUGCUGCUCAGCUCUCUCCUCGGUCCUCUCAUCUCCAAACUCACGGCUGGCUGAACUGGUGCUGAACAACAACAAGCUGGGAGAUUCAGGGGCUCGUCAGCUGAGUGAGGGGCUCAGGAGUGACAACUGUAAAUUAGAGAAACUGGGGUUUGACUCUUGUGGUCUCACCUCGGCCUGCUGCUCAGCUCUCUCCUCGGUCCUCUCGUCUCCAAACUCACGGCUGACUGAACUGGACCUGAACAACAACAAGCUGAAAGAUUCAGGGGCUCGUCAGCUGAGUGAGGGGCUCAGGAGUGACAACUGUAAAUUAGUGACACUGAGGUUGAGGUCUUGUGGUCUCACCUCGGCCUGCUGCUCAGCUCUCUCCUCGGUCCUCUCGUCUCCAAUAUCACGGCUGACUGUACUGGACCUGAACAACAACAACCUGCGAGAUUCAGGGGCUCGUAAGCUGAGUGAGGGGCUCAGGAGUGACAACUGUAAAUUAGUGACACUGGGGCUCAAGUCAUGUGGUCUCACCUCGGCCUGCUGCUCAGCUCUCUCCUCAGUCCUCUCAUCUCCAAACUCACAGCUGACAUAUCUGAGUCUGAGCUACAACAACCUGGGAGAUUCAGGGGCUCGUCAGCUGAGUGAGGGGCUCAGGAGUGACAACUGUAAAUUAGAGACACUGAGGCUGAAGUACAGUGGGAUCAAUGAUAGUGAGAAGAGGAACCUGUGGUCACUAGAGGAGGAGCUGAGGAAGUCUGGACAUCAGCUGACUAUCAGUACAUGAGAAGACUAGCUCUGGUGAUCAGACUGACCCCUGUCAGUGAUGGAGCCCCCCGUCCACUCACCCCUAAAUUCUCCUCUUUAUUCAUUUUAUUCUCCUCUCUGCUCUGUUCCUUAUUUAAUAAACUCUCCGUGUCCCCUCAGCCUAUGUGCUCCUCCUUUAACGUCACUUUUAUUUUUAACACCUUGAGACCCUCAAAUGGUGACAAAACUCAAGCAGACUCGGACCUGCAGACCCCCGAGUUUCACCACUAGAGGCAGUAAAGCAGUGGGGAUCAUCCUGUAAAAAGCCCCCCAAGGAGGAGCAAAGAGAAGUCCAGCUGUGGGGUGACAGGGGGCUGAGGCUGUAGUGACACUGGGGAAGAGGCUGGGACAAACUCUGGACAGGACGCUGGUCCAUCACAGGACACCAUUAGCGCUCAUCUCCAUCAUCACUCUGUGUCAUUUGAACCCGUGUCUGCUCCGUGUCCCACUAGUCCUGUCUGCCAUCUGCUGAUUUUCCAUUGGUGACACUUCAACUCCCACGAGGAUCCGUUUUGAUUUUGAUUUUCUUUUUUAUUCCGUUAUCUCCACUUCACCAUCCCCUCCAGCCGUGUCCUCGUAGUGAGCAGCAGCCUGAACAAGUCAGUCAGUCAUUUUCCAACCUGCUACUGUAUAUCCUAACAGUGGGUCAUGGGGGUCUGCUGGAGCCAAUGCCAGCAAACACAGGGCACAAGGCAGGAGCAAAUUCCGGCGUCCACCGCAGGGCCUGAAGAAGUUAUCCAUUUAAAAAGAAAUAAAAGAAAAGACAAGGAGAACAUGGAGGAGUGUGGAGAUGGGAUGGACUGGCGCCGUCGAGGGUGAGGUCUUGACUUGAUGUGGACAGAUGGCCACUGGGGGACCACCACCUGAACUGGACUGAGGGGGCUUAGAAAAUGGAUGAACAAACAGAGGGGAAGAAACUGAACUGGGAAUUAAGAAAGAAACUGGCAAAUAAAAUAGGAGUGGAAGUGGGAUGAGAGUUUAAAGGAAACAAGAAGGAUGAAGUGGGAGACCUCAGCCUGAGGGUGGGCUUCUAUAGGACAGGUGGAUAAGAAAAAGAGGAACAGGGACAAGAGUGGGAGGUAAGGAAACAAACAGAGAGAUGAACAAGGAGGAAGGAGGAGAGAGUUAGAAAGUGAAGGACAGUCAGUGACACGAGAGGGACGAGGACAGAUGAGGAGGAGGAGGAGAGGAAGACAAGUCAAGUCGAGUCAAUUUAAUUUCUAGAGCUCAUUUAAAAACAUCAGAGGUCGACCCAAGUGCUGCACAGCUUAACCAUAAAUACCCCAAAUACACGCAGUAGACACAGUAAAGAAAUACUGAUGGACAAGUUUAGAAAGCCAAGUCAGAAAGGUGGGCUUUAGGUGGGAUUUAUAAGUGACCAGAGUUGUUUUUUACACGUUCUGCACAGUUGUCUUUGUUGUCAAAGCACAGAUGCCACAUGAUAGUCUGAUAACGGUCACAGGACAUCAUAUCUUUGAUUGCUGGUACAACAAGCAGUUCUGAGCAUACUUCAACCAUAGUACUGCUCUUGUGAAAAGCAUGGAGAUAAACGCCAUCAAUUUAGAGAGGGAGAGGCAAGUUCAUUGUACCACGUGACCGUCACUGACAGAAUAAAAAUGAAUAAUAAAAAAACAAGCGAUAAAAGGGUGUUACAGACUCAAAUCAAAUGUAUGUUUUUAUUAUAUUGUAGAAAUAAUAAUAAUAAUUAUAACAGUAGUUCACUACUCAAAACGCAGAACACCAAGACUCGAACACGGAACCUUUCAAUUGUAAGUCAGCAGUUCUUAGCUCUGCACUAUCCAAGAAUACAUAUCAACUUUCUGUCGAUUGAAAUUAGAGGUUGGGUUUUUAACUCAUUGACAGCAACAUGUAAAUUGAAUAAUUUUUUUUUCACUUUGGUUAUAUUCUUGAAUAAAAGUGCAUGUGUUUAUUCGAUAUUUGGACUAAAGUCUUCACACAUUAUACACUUCACAUCAUUAUUAGUAUAACAUGGAAAAAAUUUCUGCUGUAGUUAUGUGUUCAGAAUUUCUUGCCUCGCAUUUUCUGCCAUCCUACACUUCUUACACAGAUCGUUAUAGACACAGAAUACACUUGAAAUGCAUAUAUUCCGGAUAAUGAUAUAUUAUUUACCCUAUACAACUCCUGGUACCCCACUCCCAGAUAAUGAGUCUUGCGCUCUGAGAAGUUUGUGACUGACUCAACUCCGUCAGUUUGGGAUGAGAUAGCAGGCUGCUUGCUCCUUGUUCUGAUUGACACAUUUGCAAAACAAAAGACACUGAUGAGGAUGUGCGAA